AUGGAAGCAAAGAACUACUCAUCCAUCUUGAGAAAAUUUUCAUCGAAGCCCCCUCCAUCCCGCUCCCGUCGCGAAUUAUCCUUUCAGCAAGUUGAUUCGAGCUCACGAACCCAUGCAUCCAGCCGCCGUGCAUCCAGGCGCACAUCCCUCAAACUAUCCCCACCACCGUCCAGCCCCGAGGACUCUAGCUUAACUGCUCCGCAUACCAACUUCAAGCAGAUUCUCAUCCACACAGCGAAGUGUGACAAAUGCAAUAACCAUAACAAGGCGAUAUUGCGACGAUGUACGACCUGCGGGUUCCAGAUAUGCACGCCAUGUUGGGUUAAUAGGGGCGGUGGGCAGCACACGGCCACGAGGGUGUUUAGGGGGCCGGUGUUUAAUCCCAAUGCUGCAAAUGAUGAGGAAGUGGAUCAAGGGGAUGAAGGAGGUGAUAACGAAGAGGAUGAAGUCGGGGAUGGUAGUAUAUCGGCGUCUGACGAUAGCGACGAUGUGGGGGAUGCCAUAGUCGUCUCCGAUAAUGAGAAGGAAGGUGGGGUCCUUUCGAUACAUUCGGUUGACGAGCCUGAGCCCCCUCCACGCCCUCCAAACCUUCGACAUAACGAUUUGGAUAUUCCGUACCACGAUCCACAGACAGGGGAAGUCUCGCGACCCAUGUACGCCUACAGUAGCGACCCACAAGCUACUAACUCUGAAGACACCAAUGGUGCGAAUGAACUGCCGGUAAAUAAACGCACUCGCGCACGCUCUAUCACCCGUCGAUACACCCGUGGCACCCCUUCCAACCAGGCACGGAAGGACACCAGCGAUGACGAGAGCCUUGUCGAAAUCACCUGUGAGCCCGCGAGAGGCAAGAUCAAAGACAGGGGCGGUCUCUAUUACAGCGAUUUGACACCUGAAUCCCGCGAACGGAUCGACAUCCUCAUCAGCACCGCCAUAAACCUAUUCCAAGGUGCCAGCUUCAACUCCUCCCAGAGCCAAGCCACCCACCCUCCCACCUCCAACAAUUACCCCCUCCGAACCAACUCUCCCCCAAUCAACUCACGCUCCCCCCUUUUCGUCCCCAUGGAACCCAACGAUCACCCCGCAACGGCGUACAACGCGCGUCUCUCACAUGCCGGCACCCCCCGUGGAAGUCCUAGGACUAGUCAUAGGCGCCCGUUCCACAUGCCGCAUGGGAAGGGGAUGGGGGACAAAAGGCAGACGACCCGCCAGUCGCGGCCGCCUGCCCCCAACCCCCCUGCCCGGAAACGAAAAAGGGAUUCAGGCGAUGUUGAGAGGCGAGAGCGUAUUUGGAGGGGCCCGUUUCUUGAUGAGAGCUCUGAUGAGGAGAAGGGGACGCGAGGACUCUAG